UUGGUGCCUCAAUUUUCAUGUCGUACACUUUUAGAUUUAUAAUUUAAUAAUUAUGAUAAAAAUGAAGAAUAUUAUUAUCAGUCUGGGUAUUGCAAUAUGUUUGGCCGUAAUGUCAAAAGCAGAUAAAAUGAAAACUUCGACAACACCAUCUGAUGAAUGCAGUAUGGCAUCAGGUGCCGAAGCCAACAGAAUAUUUGCUUAUGAAAUGUACAAAGUAGCAGCAAAAUUGAAGCCUAAUCAGAACAUAUUUCUUGCUCCAACCACAGUUGGCUCUGGACUGUCGAUGAUGUUGCCAGGAGCAAGAGAAAGCACAAAGGAUCAGAUGCUGGAAGGAUUGAUGUUUAAAAACACAUCGACUGGUUUUGAACCAAAUGACAUAGAAUGCCUGAUGAAAAUGUACAGCAAUGAACUGAUUGAAACUAAAUUGGAAGACAGAGGUAAAGGCACGAAAGAUGUGAAAGCAGCAAAGGAGGAUACUUUGCAAUUGAGAACGGCAAAUAGACUAUUUGGUGAAAAAAGUUUCAACUUCAGUAGUAAAUUCAUUGAACAAACAGCAAAAUAUGGAGUGGAGAUGACCAAGAUGAAUUUUCAAACCGAUUCAGCAGAAUCUAGAAAUUUUAUCAACCAAUGGGUAGAAAAAGCAACAGAAGGUAAAAUCAAGGAUUUAUUUAGUGGAAAAGCAAUAAGACCUGAUACUGUUCUUGCUGUAGUCUCAGCAAUAUAUUUCAAGGGUCUUUGGAAAUAUCCAUUUGAUCCACUGAACACUUUCAAGCAAGACUUCAAGGUCAAUGAUAAUAAAACAGUGAAAGCUGACUUCAUGACUAAAAUGAUAAACUAUCGUAUGACAUACUCUGAAGAUCUUGAGGCACAAAUACUUGAUGUUCCAUAUGAUGGAGAUGCAUAUGGAAAAUAUAACGCGAGCAUGAUACUGAUUGUACCGACACGUAGAGGAUCAAUUGAAAGGGUCGAAGAAAUGUUGAGCGAAAAAACAAUGAAACCAAUACUUGACGAACUUCAAGCAGAGCAACAGUACACACAGCGGGUCCGACUGCUACUACCAAAAUUCAAGAUGUCGAAGACAUAUCAACUCAAACCCAUCCUGAGGAGACUUGGAAUAAAAAACUUAUUUAAUCCAAUCAGAGCAAACCUAUCAGGAAUGAUUGAUCCAUCAGAAAUCUCUCCUAAUUUGUACGUUAGUACAGCAGUGCACAAGACAUUUAUAAAGGUGGAUGAGAAGGGAACUGAAGCAGCUGGUGCUUCAGGAUUUGGAAUUGUACCUCUCAGUCUUCCCCCCAGAUUAUUUUGCAACAGACCUUUCCUGUUCAUGAUAUACGAGAAGAAUACAGAUGGUGUUCUAUUCAUUGGAAAAGUCAACGAUCCUACUGUACAAUGAUUUUGGCGAAUAUUCACUACUUAGUAAUCAGUCUAAGAACUUUAAGACAUAUAAUUUUGAAGCCAACAGUUGUGCCCAUAUGUUUGUCAUUUGGUGUAUAUAUUCUAUGCUUUGAUUUGGUUCAAUAAUAAUACAUGAAAUCUUGUGCAAGAUA